CCACCCGCCACCCAUCGUCCCCCACGGUGUUCACAAAAAUCCAUUUUUUAAGCGCGGCGAAAGGGAACGGGACUCAUUUACGAGAGGAGAGGAACACCCGGAGAAAGAGAGAGAGAGAGAGAGGCGACGAAGGAUCCCGAAUCUCGCCGGCCGGGUGAUGCCGGUGGCGGCGGCGGCGGCAGGAGGAGGAAGGGUGGGGAUGGUGCUCGGCGGCGGCGCGGCGGGGGUGGGAGGGGAUGACGCCGUGGUCAUGCAGAUGGCCGCCGCCGAGGGGGAGGAGACCGUCAUCACCAUCAACUGCCCCGACCAGGCCGGGCUCGGAUGCGACCUCUGCCGCACCAUCCUCGAGUUCGGCCUCCGCAUCACCCGCGGCGCAGACGUGUCUACGGACGGGCAAUGGUGCUUCGUGGUGUUCUGGGUUGUGCCACGCUCGCCGUCGAUCAAAAUCCGUUGGGCAAGUCUCAAGAACCGGCUCAUGUCAAUGUGCCCUUCCUCGUAUUCCAUCCCUUUCUACCACGACAGCAGCCAACCAGGUCCCUCGCAGUUCUACCUCCUGAAGCUCUUGUUAGCUGACCGGAAAGGAUUAUUGCAUGAUGUGACGCAUAUACUAUCGGACCUGGAGCUUAUAAUACACAGAGUGAAGGUGUCGACCACUCCUGAUGGAAGAGUUGUGGACCUCUUCUUUAUCACCGACGGCAUGGAACAGUUGCACACGAAGGAAAGGCAAGAAGAGACUUGCUCAACGCUGAUUGCUACCUUGGGUCCUUCCAUAAGCUGUGAGAUUCUAUCAGCAGAAGGGUUCCAGCAAGGGUUCUCUUCUCUUCCACCGAAAAUCUCUGAGGAAUUGUUCAGGGUGGAACUAGCUGAUAGCGAGAUCUGCUCAACUUUGCUUAGUGCAGAGUUGAAAAAGGUGCAGACGGCCACCAUCAAUUUUGACAAUUCCCUGAGCCCUGCACACACACUACUCCAAAUUAUUUGUGCUGAUCAGAAGGGGCUCAUUUAUGACAUUUUAAGAACACUGAAGGACUGCAGCAUUCAGAUAUUUUAUGGGCGGUUCAGGUCAGAUAAGAAAGGGUCAGUCAACAAAGGUUUACGAGAGGUCGAUCUUUUUGUGAAGCAAGUUGAUGGCAAAAAGGUCAUUGAUCCUGAGAAACAGGAUGUUUUGCGGUCACGCCUGAGGUCUGAGAUGCUCCAUCCUCUCAGGGUGAUGAUCGUCAGUCGUGGACCUGACACUGAACUCCUUGUUGCCAACCCUGUUGAGCUAUCUGGGAAGGGACGACCACGUGUAUUCUAUGAUGCUACUCUUGCUCUGAAAGCACUUGGGAUCUGCAUUUUCUCCGCUGAAAUUGGAAGACAGGAGGCAUCGGAACGUCAAUGGGAGGUCUACAGAUUCCUCCUGGAUGACAGCAAAGAGUUCCCCUUAGCAAACAGCCUGACUAAUAGGAACCGUGUUGUCGAUAGGGUAAGGAAAACGCUGAUGGGCUGUUACAACUAAGACUCGAUUUCUAUCUCCAAGAAUCCAAAGCUUGAAGACGACUGAUACAGUCAGCUCCAAUGUAUCCAGUAAAUUAUGUACCAAAAGCUCAAAUUAUUAUCACUUCAGACUCCAAAGUGGGCAGCCUGGAAUGCAACUCCACAACAUGGUGCGCACGCACCCUCUACCUCAACCGUCUAUUGAUUCUCUCAUUUAUCCCAUGUUUUUUUAUCACCUAACCCUCCUGCACGAAUCUCAACGCAAAUGCACGGCCGAGAUAGAGGGUACGUGGCACGAUGUGGAAUUUUCCCUUCCGUGGGCAGGCCCAGUGAUAAACUUGCUGGCCAAGCUGGUAUCUCUAGCAUCCAUUGUCACUGCCGGGAAAUGCCAGCUUCUGUUCAUGGAAUUGAACAAAGCUUUGAGAACAUGACCAAUUCCUCAAAGAUAAAUGGUGAUGGGAAGUGCCGAAGCUUCAUCUAGGCCUCCACAAUUUGUCUUGCGGAAUUUCAGAGCUGGCAGUAUAGGCGCACAAAAGUAAUGCAAGACAUUUCACAAAUGAUGUUAUCUGGAGCAACAUUGUGCUACAUUUGCUGGGAAUGGAGAAACUGGAGUUUGUGCACCACAAUCUUCCUGCCUUGUUUUGUCGUCCACAUGUUGAGAAAGAAGAGAAGAAAGAAAAAGAGCAUGUUUGGUGGGAGGUGCAAAUCGCAUGAGCAAUUAUUGAGCUUUGUUUGGUUCAGGGGAUUACUGGAUGCUGACACAGAUACACCAGCUAGUUUGUUGUAAAUUAUUAAUGGAAAUAUUGUACUCCUUCAUCUGCUUCACCUGCCUCCUUCCUACCUUCCUUGUAUGAUUGCUUGAUCUUUGUGCAGAGAUUAAGCUUGUCUCCUCGUGCAGGGCCUGUACUUUGUUGUAAGGAUGCAUGACAUGCUGAAAAGGAGCACUUUGUUUAUGCAAAGCGUAUGUACUGUUCUACUGA